AUGAUGGCUGAACCAUUAUCAUUAAAAUUCAUUCACAAACCUGCAAGGUCGAAAGAACUUAUCAAGGAAAACUCCUUAAAUUACAAAUUAUCCCAAAAUUCCGAAUAUAAUAGAACAAAUGAAAAUGAAAACCCAAGAACUGAUUUUUCUAAACAAACUUUCCAACAAUUUAAUGACAGUAAAGAAAAGGUUUCAAAUCCCAUGGUAAUUACCAAAUCCCCUGAACCGGAAACUCCUGAGUUUUUCAUUAAUAAUGAAAAUAUUAAUAGUGAAAAGAGAGAUGAUUAUUUUGGUACAAAACUAGUAAGGAAAAAGUCAGGGGAAAUCUUAAAGUCAUCACUCAAAGACAAAUUCAUUUCUAAAUCUUUACCAUCAACACCGAAUCUGAAACAAGUCCAUUUCGGUACACAAUUUGAUGUGAAAUUUUUCAGGAAAAAAGAUAAACCAAAUGCUAUUAGUGCAACAAAUUCACCAGUUUUACAAAGUCCUGACUUGAAUUCUGUGGACUUCACUGAUGAUACCGACGAUAGUGAAUAUAGUGACAUUAGCGAUGACGAAACAUUCAACAAUUUUGGUGACGUGGGAAAUUUCAAUCAAUUUGAAGAUCAACAUGGAACUACAACUUACCCUAACCCGAAACAUCAAAAAUUGAUUGAUUGGAAGUUGAAGUUAACCAAUAUUUCUCCAGUUGAUUAUUCUCACAACUUUCGUAUGAAUAAACCAAUAUUUUUAGAAAGAAUUUUCAUUUCUAUUGAUAAGAAAUAUUUACUAGGGCAUGUUGCAGUUAAAAAUUUAUCAUUUGAGAAAAAUGUUUCAUUAAAAUAUACUUUCAAUAAUUGGUCAACUAUCAUUGAGGUUCCAUCAAUUUAUGUACCUGAUUUCCCUCAAAGUUUGAAGCAUAACAAUUAUGAUAGAUUUAUUUUCAAAAUUGCAUUAAAUGAUUUAUUUGUUAAUAAUUCAAACAGUUUUUAUCAAGAGAAUAAUUUCAAAUUCUGCAUUUACUAUAAAACUCCAACAGGAGAAUAUUGGGAUAAUAAUGAUUUCAAUAAUUAUGAAAUCAAUAUAGUCAAAAUCAUCAAAAAUGAUAAUUAUAAUAAUAAUGUGGUUAAUGGACAUCAUCAUUCAAAUAGUUUUAGUUUCCCUUCACCAAAUAAUUCAAGUCCACAUCAAAUCCAUCAAAAGUUCCAUAAUCAACCUAUGCAAUCAGAUUUUGGAUCCCCAAGACCCAAAUAUUCUAAUAGUUAUCUCAAAAGAAUUAAUAGUGAUUCUCAAUUGGAUAUCGAUUAUGUGAAAAAUAACUAUUACUUAUCUUCACCAUUAUUAUCAUCAUUCAAAUAUUAUCAAGAACAUGAUAAUACUUCAACUGAUACUUUAAAGUUCAAUGCUACAAAGAAUUUAGAUGAUGAGCCAGAGCCCAAAAAGUUAGAAGUUGAUAAUUUUAAAUUAAAUAAUAUGGAGAUAAAUUCUAAGAGUUAUAAAGAUUUGAUUGAUAAUUAUUGUUUCUUCAAUAGUGAUAAGAAUAAUGAUGAUACUUUUAGUGUAUCAAGUUUACUAGGCACAUAA